AUGACUGACAAGCUCCCCCCUCCGCUCCUGGCGCUGUUCCAGCCCCGUCCGCCUCUACGCUAUGUCACCCCGAUCAACCGCGCACCGGAUGAUGUGAAGAAGAGCACAAUCAGCGGUAUUGCUCAGUAUCUCCCGGAGAUUAAGAAAUACGAGGAGGAAAUUCCUUACACAGCGACGGAGAGCUGGAUCCAGCGCAAAUGGCGUGAGAAGUUGCAAAAGAAGGAAAGAGUACACAAGCAAGUGACUGAAGCGCUUCAAGAAUUUGAUCCUUCGAAAGACCCGCAAGCCCGAGGCGAUCCGUUCAAGACUCUUUUCGUUGCGCGGCUCAGCUACGAUGUGAAAGAAUCGGACCUCGAACGUGAAUUUGGACGCUUUGGACCUAUUGAAAGGAUACGUAUUGUCAAAGACAACGUUAGCCCCAAGAGCAAACCCCACAGAGGGUAUGCUUUCAUCGUAUAUGAGCGUGAGAAAGACAUGAAAGCUGCCUACAAGGAAACGGAUGGUAUACGGAUCAAGGACCGACGUGUCUUGGUAGAUGUUGAGCGCGGUCGUACGGUCAAGGGAUGGAAACCCCGUCGUUUUGGUGGUGGCCUUGGAGGCCGUGGAUACACUAAGGCGCUACCUUCUCGCCCUAGCGGGCCAGGCUUUGGUGCUCCUACUGGACCCGGUGGUGGUUUCCGCGGUGGUUUUGGUGGCAGAGGAUUCCGUGGAGGUUAUCGCAGUGACCGAUUUGGCCCUCGUGGGGGUAUCGGCUACCAAGGAGGUCGCAAUGGGUUUGGCGGGCCCCCUCCAAAUGCGCCGUCUGGCCCAGGUGGUGGACGGAGUGCUGGAGGUUACUAUGGCGGAGGUGGCAGAUACGAUCGCGGUGGAACGGGCAGCAACCGUGAACCUAUAAGACCAAGAGAAGGCUAUUCUGACCGCGAUCGUCGUGACCAUGACCGUGACCGCGAGAGUGACCGCCAUAGGGACCGAGACAGGGACUAUCGUUACCGGGACCGUGAGCGUGAGCGCGACCGUGACAGGUACGGUGGCCGAGAGGACUAUGGACGCAAGAGGUACCACGAGGAUGAUCCAUACGAUGACCCUCGUUCCAAGAGGAGGUAUUAA